AUGAGAGCUAUUCAAACUCAUGUGAUAAUCUUCUUCAUGUUAGUCAUCGUCGUAAAAUCAUCAUCAACAAGAGCCCAAAAGAGUCCCCAUAUCCGCAACAACCAUGGGCUCUCUAUUGCCAUCGAAGAAAUGGAAAAAGCAAACUACUUCUCUUUCGUGAUGCUCAUCAACAUGUUACAAUCCGUAAACCCUAGAUUCUUAGCCAAUAUCACAUUCUUGAUGCCAAAGGAUAAAACCCUCUCAAGAUCAAACAUUAUUCAGCAAGAUUCGGUUUCAAAGUUCUUGCUCCGCCACUCGAUCCCUUCUCCUCUUCUUUUCGAGCACCUAAACCUCAUCCCCAAUGGCUCCAUUGUUCCUUCCUCUUUACCACAUUACACCCUAGAGAUCUCCAACGGUGGAAAAUCAAACUACCUUCUCAAUAACGUCAAGAUCAUUAGCCGCAAUAUUUGUAGCCUAGGCUCUAUCAAAUGUCAUGGAAUCGACGGUAUACUACAAUCUCCAAGUAGUAUCGACGAUGAUCACUCUCCUCGACGUAACCACACUGAACCCUUUGUUUCUUGCCCUAGCAGCCGCAACAAUAGUGACGACCACAACAGUCCUAACAAUAGUGAUCACAAUAGUGACCACAUUAGCUCUAGUCCUGAUCAUACCAAUAGUACUGCUCCUCCUCCAGCCAGCAGCCCGACUCGCCAACCAAAAUCAGAUUCUUCUAAAAUUCGUGAGGAGGGAUUGUCUGGUUUUAUUAUUCUUAUUCUUGGAAUAUUAUUGAGUGUGAUCGGCACGGGCAUGGCCAUGUAA